CCUGCUGCAGCAGGUUGCAUUCUGUGCAUGCUGGACUGGAAAGCACCAAUAAUACCGUACAUGCAGACUUCAGCUCAGUCCAACAGUGCUUUUCUACUGUCUACUGUAAAUGAAAUCGCAGUAUCACCAUGACGUUUGUGAACACAUCGUGUCUAGUGGUGAACUGCUCCUGUUCCACUCACAUGACUGGCUGGGAAACAACUAUAAACCAGCUCUACACAUACGUUUACCUGAUUAUAUUCAUCCCAGGCCUGCUGAGCAACACCCUGGCUCUUUGGGUGCUGUUUCGAUUCAUAAGCAAAAAGACCAAAGCCAUCAUCUUCAUGAUUAACCUGACCAUAGCUGACCUGGCUCAUGUGCUGUCGCUGCCGCUUCGAAUUCACUACUACAUCCAACAAGACUGGCCUUUCGGCAACAUGUUAUGUAUGCUGUGUUUUUACCUGAAAUACCUUAACAUGUACGCUAGCAUUGUCUUUCUGGUGUGCAUCAGCAUUCAGCGCUGUGCUUUUCUCCUGCGGCCGUUCUGUGCCAGGAACUGGAAGUCACGCUAUGACAUCUGCAUCAGUAGCGCAGUCUGGGUGGUGGUGGGGCUCUGCUGCUCGCCCUUCAUUUUAAUGAGGAGCAAAUCAAAUUCUGGAAAUAACAGCACAACCUGCUUCAAAGACCUGCCCAUGCGCAAGCUGGAUGUACGCUCGGCCGUUUCCAUGAUGGUUGCUGCUGAAGUCUUGGGAUUUCUCGGUCCGUUAAUUAUCAUUGGUUUCUGUACUUACUUAAUAGUGAACUCCUUGAGACAGAGGAACCAAAAGCAGCAGUCCACGGGUAGCACGAGAAAGGCCUUGCGCAUGGUUAGGGUGUGCACAGGGGUCUUCCUCUUUUGUUUCGUCCCCUACCACAUCAACUUCCUGCUGUACCUGAUGGUAACCCAAAGCAUUAUAACAAACUGUGCAGCGAGUCAGGCCAUCCGACUCUUCCACCCCAUCUCUCUCUGCAUAGCAAGCCUGAACUGCUGCCUCAACCCUCUCAUCUACUACUUCCUGACCACAGAGUUCAAGCAGCAGCUGUCCCAGCACAGCAGCUCUGUGCUCAGGGGCCGUCUGAUGAGCAUGGAGAGCACAUCUUCCUAUAGGGAAUGAGUCAUGUGCAUGCAAUUCAUCAACAGAGCAUUAUGAUAAGGAACCAUAAAUGUGCCAUAAACACUGAAGUCAUGUAGUGUACAAAUCUUGCCUUCAGACAGUGUACAAACUAAAGCCAUUAUUAGUCUCACGUAGCCAGAGCUUCAGACUGACAGCAGAAGAUCUGGGAACCGUGGCCGCUUUGAAUGGCAAGGCCCGCCCAAGAGGCCAUAUGAUUGACAGAUAAAGCAACCAAUCAGGUUUCGUUUUGUGCCACGUCAUUUUUAGGGGCGUGGAAAUGUCCCUACAAUAACAG